AUGAAGGGUGGAAACUGGCAAUAUACAUGGAGGAAGACUCGGUACUUGUGGGUUAGGCGCAACGUUGAUGGGCACCGCAAAAAGUUGGAGAGACAACUACAUGCUCUGGUAAGGUCAAGAUAUGCCCUGAGUCUCUUGAGGUACCAAUCUCCUUUAAGGUACCAAUCUCUAAUCUAUGAAGAUGAGCCACAAAAUAAACUUCAAAAUAACAUGAAAGUUGAAUCUUAUGGUAAGGUUGGGCGAGCUAAUUAG